GGUCGCACUGGAUUCAACGUCCUAUACAUCAAGUGUACAUUCGUAGCUUUUCACGACUUGGGCUCGCGCACGUCUGCGUGCAUAAAUACGUUCGUAUACAUGCACCACAUAUAAGUGCAGUGCCGCCUCGUGGCACGGAAGCUUUUGCCCAGCAGCGGGAAAAAUCGAAGAGAAACUGUUUGCUGUGGUUUCCAAGGAAUACGCGAGCUGCGCGACUUGUGUACGAGUUUUUGCGGGCGUCGCGGCGGGACUCGCUUGUGUCAACGACAUGUGUUGCGAGUAAUUUUUCGCGAUUCCGGUCACGCGCAUCGUACUCGCGCUCGUGAUCGCAAUUGUGGUCCAUCGGGACGAAGCUUUGCUCCGUUUUUCUUGAUUUUUUUCGAGCGUCAAAAUGGUCUUCGAAGCCGUAAGCGAGGAGCAGAGGCAGCAAUUUUUUCGCCAGGGCUGCAACGCGCAUCUUCCCGGGUACACAGGGCACUGUCCGACCUUGAAGUUUCGAGUUGGCAAGCGAUACGGAGCAUGUACUCAAGAAAUUAUUAAAGAGCUCGUGGAGAAAAAGAUUUUAAAAACGGAACCUUACAGGCCGAGCAUGAACAAGGAAAAUCUAGUCCCAAUUCGACGAGAGAAUAUUAGAAAGGAUUUGAAAAGGGACACAUGCGUAUACAGAACACCACCCUACAUAUUGGGCUACACAGGCUAUAUUCCAGGUUACAAGAGUAGAUAUGGCCUCACGUUUAUGCGAGCUGUGGAGGAGGGUGCUACGGAGUGGCGGGAGACCCAAAGCAAAUUGCGGGCGCGCAGGGAUACAAUGAGGGCACAAAUUGAGAUGCAAGACCCACGGAAUUUGCUUUCGCGCGUAAGACACGACAACGUCGAUAUUGUGAUCGAUCACGGCCACGGCAAGCGGCAAUAUUUUGAUAAUCAAGUGUCGGCGGAAAGUCCACCGAUCGUUGGCUACACGGGUCACAUACCCGGAGCAAGAGGACAAGUCGAUCUGUCGAAGCGUUACGCGCAGGCAGCCAAACGUGGUCUUGAACUUCACGAGCAGGGACGUCGUUCGAGACUCGGUCAGCACGACGAGGCCGCUAUUCAGAGAGUUCUCGAUGUGGCCUGUGUCGACGAAACGGGACAUUCAAAGCCUUAGUCGUCCAUCUGAUGAUAGAAUCAUAAUUCACUCACGUGAUAUCAUGUAAAAUAUUGAUUGUAGAUUUUAAUGUAGAAAACCUUUCUCUUCUUUCAACUUCAAAAAUUCCUUGUAUUUUCAAUGCAUCGAUAGAUUUCAUGUAAUAUGCUUGCUCUCAAGUUCAUACUUUUAGUCUAUUUUAUGAAAGUUUCUAUAUUAAGAAUGCUUCAACUUUUAAUGUAAAUUUGUUCGAAAAUGUAUCUUUUUAAAAUUAAUUAAUUUAAAAAAAACGAAACUUUUGACAAUAUAGAGUAAUUCUUUGAAAAACACUGUAUUUAUAAUGUGGUGGCAUCUGUAAUAUUUUCUAUUCGAUUGCUCAUGAACAUUAUAAAAUAUUUUUGUAUGGAAUAGUAUAAUUGGAACUUGUAAAAUAUAAGCAUCACUACCAAAAUAUCAUUUAUUAAAAAUUUAGCUCAAAGAUCAAAAGAAAAAGUACUCUUGCAGUAAAAGAUAUUAUAUGAAAUAAAAUUUAAACUGCAAUUAGAAAAUCGAAAUUAAUCGAUUAGAUCAGAGUCUAAAAACUAAUGUGGUUUAGUUAAUUUAAAUAAAAAAUGUUAUAAUUUUGAUAUAUACUUUUUUGAAAUGGGUCACGAAAAAAUUUCAAC